AUGUCUCAACCACCCCAACAACAAUCUCGUCGAAUGGCUCAUAUCUUAUCAGAACAAAAAAGGCGAGAGAAUAUUAAUUCAGGAUUUGAAGAACUUAAAAGCAUUGUACCAAGUUGUCGUGGUUGCGCUGAUUCCAAAGCUGUCAUAUUACGUAAAGCGGCACAUUAUAUACAAACGUUAGAAAACCAAAUUCAAAAAUUGAAACAAUCAAAUAAUAAUUGUGGUGGACCAACAAUUUCAACUCCUCCAAAUUUAUCAUCACCUGCCAUGUCAGUUAAGUCAAUAUCAUCUGGUAAUUAUUUAAUACAUAUUUAUAUGUCAUAA